GUUGUUGUGGCGCUGCGUUGCCGCUGCCUGCCUGCGCGUCAAACUCGAACAAAAUAGUCCGUCAAACGACGAUCCGCGUCGAAAACACUCGUUUGCGCGUUGAAUGUACCACUGUCGUGUAAACUUUGUGUAUUUGUGUUCUGAAAAUGCCAUUUAUUUCAAAAGACUGGCGAUCACCAGGCGAAGAGUGGGUGAAAACGCAAGAAGGCUGGGAAAAGAAGAAAGUAUUGGAAUGCACUUCUCAAAGAUAUCCCGCAUUAAAUAAUUUUAAUAAUUCGGCUGAUAGUCAACAGAAGUCUUGGUCAGAGGGCGAAGAUGGCGAGAAAACGAGUGAAUCUGGAAAUAGGAUACCACCCCAUUGUCAUAUCACAAUCAAAUGUACACGAGAGAUUGCAGGGUUCAACGGGCUGUCGGAAGCAGUCCGUCGGUUGGACUUCUCAUCGGCCGUCCGUGACGUGCGACGGUUCAACUACAUAUGCGCACUGCUCGAGCUGCUGCUGGGCGGGCAGAAGCUGACCCACCUGCCCGGUGCGGCACAGAAGCUGCUACUCUCCAUGUUGGAGCAGCUCGCAGACCAAGUGGCCACAUCGAAGCAAAACUUGAACGCACUGAGGGCCUUAGUGGUAGCGUUGUCGGCGCUACGAGAUGCCGAGCGGCGCGCGUGCUGGGGAAGACCCCUGGGGUCCCGCGCCCUGUGGGGCCACCACGACGACGCUAUCGACAGGAUCAACCGGAUAGCCAACAGUAUUAAUAUACAGGAGCCCGGUCCAGAAGUAGUGCCUAAACUUCACGAUUUGCCUGAAGAAUGUAUAAGAGAGAUUUUACUUAGGAUAUCGGAUCACAGGGAUUUAGAUGCAGCGUCGUCCGCAUGGAGCGUAAUGUCUGACCUAUGCUCGGAGCAGCGCUUGUGGCGAUCGUUGGUCCGCUACCACUUCACGGCGCAGCAGCUGCGCGCCGUGCGGCAUCCCGCGACCGACUGGCGAGCUACCUUCCAUCGCCUGCGCAGAUUAUAUGGACUGCGCGAAGACGCACAAUUCGCUGAAACGCUGUCAUUGUGCCGCCACUGCAAGUGCCUGUUCUGGCGUUCCCUUGGACAUCCCUGCAUAGCAGAUCAGUGCCCAGAAUACCGCGAGCGCCUCCGCGAGGCAGGCGGGCCGCUGCCUCCACACCCGGUGCCGCCCGCAGCCUUCCUCAAGUUCUUCUCGCUAUAAAGACAAGGCCUAAACUAAACCAAAACAAAUAAGAAAACUGUUCAAACCACAGACAUAUUUGAGUAGACGAGACGACGCAUGCGCGUAAAUUUGUAUGAAAACUUUAAAUGAGAACAGAAUAAUUGGUUUUACCGUAUUUUUUACGUCGGGAACGGUGACGGGUAAAAUUUUAAUAACGCCAAAGGAAGACGGUGGUGUCGAUUUUGACAUGAUACCUCUAAAGAUACAAUUACAUUUAACAACAGUGUAUCCUUGUCAUUCUGUAUCACGGAGUGAAAAGGAGAGACAUGUUCAAUUAAGUAUAGAGAAUCGUUCCAGAAUCGACACCAUUGGCCUUCCCUUUUGGCUCGCGAAGUACAUACUCUUGCAUUAUUAUUAUUUACUCCGCUCACGUGUUCCCUCCCUCUUACAACCUGGAAUCCUUUAAAAGAGGCGUGAAGAAGCAACGUGCAGGCCGGCAGGGUGAGGAUGGCUGGUGUGGCAGGUAAAACUGCCGUAUCAGCUAUCUUCACGUCUGGACUUCACCUUGACUUAACAUCAGGUGGGGUGGAGUCAUUUGUCGGACCUAUCUAUAAAAAAAAUCUAUUUCAAUCUAUGUCUGUGGUUCUAGCAUAAUAUACAGUGCGACCAUGAUAUUGUGGCACUUAUAUGACAUUGACAGGAGGGCGCUGAUGGUCAACAAUUGGUGAAAUAAGGAUUAAUAAGUCCGUAUAAUGCCCUCACUGAAGGGAACGUUAUAAUUUGCUAUAAUUCACAAAGAGUUAUAGGAAAUAUAAAAGGCUUAUUUAUACCUCCUUAAAACACAAAAUCCUGGUCGUACUAUAGAUUGCGAAUCAAACUUAAGGGCCGCUGUGAAGUUAGCUCAAGUCGCGGCGCAGUAAACGAAUUACAGUGCGACAAGAAUAUUUAAUUUAAGCAUGUGGGUGACAGUUCAAGGAGGGCGCCACUGUCUACGUUAAUGACACACAAAAUAUGACGUUUACAAAGAUGGCUUGGAAUGGAUUAGUUCCAAUUUUCGCCACAUUCCUAAAGAUCCUUGUCGCAUUAUACAGGCGUCCCGUGGGUUUGUCAAACGGAGGGAAUGUAUAUUAAAUAUUGAUGAUAGGAUAUUAUACUGAAAGAAGACAUAAUUUUAUUUUUAAUAACAUGUUGAACUGCAUUCAUAGUUUUAAAAAAAUCGCCUGCCAAAACCGGGAAUCACACUCGUGACAUGUAUUUUAUGGUAACCGUCGAAAGGGUUAAAUCAUGUGGAUUAUUAUUUCCUAAAUAACAUAGCAUUUUUUUCGAAUUUCACGAGUUUGAUUCCCCAGGCAAUUUAAAAAAAUAUGUUUAUGCAGUUCUAGUUAUUAUUAUAAAAUGAUGUCUUCUUUCAGUAAAAUAUCGUAUCUUAAAUAUUUAAUAUACUUUCUCUCCAUGUGACAAACCCUCCGUGUACCUCUAGCACGAACCACUUCCACUUCCACUUGGGUAUUAUGGCUCCAUCGUUAUGCACGAUGAUUCUGCCAAUGUCAGGGUUAAGAAAGGCACUGUUAUAUCGGUACUCAUCUUUGUACGGUGUGGUAGCCUGGUUUCCUCGUGGAGCUAUCGCGUGGAGUUGAGAUUCUAGAAUAGGACAACACAUAUAACAUCACAAGCGGACAUGUACCCAAGCAUACAAAUUGUUAGUGUCUUUGUUACUGUAGUAAAGCAUUGGAGUUGGAUUGUAAGAGGUGACACGGCAAAGUAUAUAAAUAGUUUGGACAUCAUAAGACAAUUCGAUAAUGGUUCGUUCUAGGGGUACUGAAAUCUGCAUUGGUCAAAGUUGCUAUCGUUGUAACUUCACAACCGCCUUAACAUUAUACGAUGAGAUAAUUAUGUCGACACUUGGUAAAGCUUACAGAAUUCAUAAAUAUUUAUUUUUAUAUAACUUGUGGUCUCAUUUGCAAUCAGUAAAAUUUAAGCAGAUAUUAAAAAGGUUGCGAGUUCACAAAUUUAAAGAUUUUUAUUACUAAAAAAAAUUGCUGGGCUGACUGGAUUUCUUACCAGUAAAAGUUUUUCUAUGGAUUUAUAAAUUAAUCAUUUAUCGGUUAAAACAUAAUGGCUGAUAGGAAUUUUUGUAUGUCCAAUACAGCUUGUAACAUCUUUAUCGCUAAGAGCAUAAUGUAAGUUACUAACUUAUUUAGAAGAUUAUUAUAUCUCUAUGAAGAAAAAAUAAUCACUCGACCACAAAAGACUCAAACCUCAGUUAUUGUUCUGAACUGUAAACAAUAGUACUCUUAUAUGGUUAACUGUCCUGUAAGCUUAAGAUAUUUCUAAUUUAAAAAAGCUCUUGUUUUAAUUGACAUAAAACAUAAUAAACCGCCCACUAUUGACUUGUUUAAUAUUAUGGAUUACGAAAAUCGACAUUAUUAUAUUAAUAAAGAGGCAUUCUUGUCCUAUUGAAGGCAACUAAGUAUUUGCUAGGUUUAGAAAUUACUAAUGUUCGUGCGGUGAGAAGCGAAUGCUUGCGAUCUCAGGCGGAUAGGCCUAAAAUGUGAACUCACAUCACACGUAAAUGUUGACUAUCUAUAAUGUGUUCUACUAUACUAUUAAUAAGGCUGCUUGUUGAGUAUUAUCUGAGUGAGAAUAGGGCGCACCCAAGUCGCAUAAUAUUGAGUGUAAACGGUUUUGUGAUAACACAACUUUUGUGGAUUCAAAUGUAUUGGGACUUAAUGAAGAAGAUUUUAAAGGAAUCAAUAUUUCAAUACACCGAAAGCCUGUAUAUUGAUGUUUUAAUUUUAAACAAUCUACUCAAAUUUUUGCUUCAGAAAGUUUUGUACUUUUAAUAAAAAAGGCUGUAUGUAAACUGGCGAGGACUCAGUUAACCGGUUUAUUUAUAAACGAAUGAAUAAAACAAAAUUUUAAUUGUUUACUUCAUGAUUUCAGGCGUUUUACCAAAAAGUAAAAUUUAUUGAUAGUUCCCACAGCUGAGCUACGUUUAUCAAAGUGCGAAAGAAUUUUAUUCUCUUACAAGCUUUCAGUGUGUGGAAACUUUGUGUCGUGUGUACUAACAUAUGUAAUAAUAAUUAAUAAAAAAAAUACUAAAAGCCAGUGAAAGUUACAGAAUCUAUUUAUGACCAAAUAAUUAGUUAUCUUUAUUAACAAAAUGUUACGUGUUAUUUUUGGUGGUACCGAAUUUUAUUACUUAGUGUAGUUUUGUUUUUUAUGUAUGCUUGUUUUCGCAUUACUAAUCAUUAAUGUCUAAAUUACCUAUUAAUUAAUGCUUUAAAAACCUAUGUGAUAAUUCCAAAAUUAAAUGAAUAAAUUGAAUUUAUAAGUGAGUUAUUUUCGUGUGUUGCAUGUCGUUUGUUAUACUUAUUAUUAUAUUCAUAAUUAUUGUAAUAUUAUAUUGCAAUGUAAAGAGACUUUAAAUUUUCGUCAAAACAUUUUACAUGUAAAAAAAUAUCAUACUUACUAAAUAAUUUAGAAAUAAAACUUUUUGAAUAAUGUUUAAGUGAGUAUGGCCUUAAUUGGGUGAAUACGCAGUAUAUGAAGGAUUCAUGUGAAAUAUGUUACUCCUACAAUAACAACACAAGUACAAUUUUAUUUUUUCAUUCCAUGUAUAUUCAGUUUUUACCGCAUUUAAUCGUUCAAAGUGCUUUUUUCGUCGUUGAUCAUCACUGUCAUGGAGUCCAGGAAAAGGGGUAUACAUACAAAUAAUAUUUUUAUAUAUCUGUCAAAUAGUAAGUAGCUAUUAUUAUUCAAACACUCAUUAAAAGAACUUCUUACAAGAGAGACAAUUCUUGCUACAGAUAUCAUUGUAUCAGCACCAAAUGAAUGAAAACAGAAUUCCUUUCAUAAUCAAAGCAGAAUUCAUUCUUCAUGUGAAGAAGUAAAUUUAAACCAGAAGUAUAAGCCGCGGCGCGAAACUCUAGCGCUAACCGUUAUUGCGCAGAAGUAAAAAUUAAGAUGUGUUGGGGGUAGGCUUGCCAGGUGUCCGGCUUUAGCCGGACAUGUUUGGAUUUUUGCGGUCGCGUCUGGCCAAAUAUGUACGGGUUUGGCCUGUCCGGCUUUUGUCAGGCUUUUUGUCAGAGUGGCGAUUCGUACGACGAUGGGCGGUCGAGCGUCCGGACAAGAGAGCAAACUGUUUGCGCGUGUGGCGCGUGACUACCCCGCCCCGCUGUCUGAUAUAAUAAAUAUAUCCGGCUUUUACGGCAAAAUGUCGGGCCUUAUAUAGUGCGCAGUCCGGCCUUUGCAUUUUAUGGCCUGGCAACGAUAGUUGGGGGGAAACGAGGUGCGCGGGUGAGAGACGUUGCGCCGAUUGUCUCUCGAGUCGUACCCAGGCGCAGCUUUCUCUGACCAGUACUUUAUGUGUAAAGUCCAACAUUAUUUAUUAUUUUACUUAAUGUAAUAUUUAACUCUUACUGAUAAUAAGAAUAAUAAUCAUUUGGUCUACUCUCGUACAGGGCAUAACUUUUCAUGGUGAGCAUUUUGAAAUAUAUUAUUUUUUCAGUUGGUGCUGAAUAUAUGUAGUGAAAAAUCUAUUUUUGAAUAUUUAGAAUACUUGUUGUCUAAAGUAGUUCUACUAUAAAGAUAUAUUUAGCGCUAUGUAAAUUACACUUCAAUUAUAAAAAUAGCGUACACUGGAACAUGUACUUGUGGUAAUUUGGAGUUUAAUUUUAUUGUAGGAUGAAUCUACAGUAUUUGAUGUCCUCAUGAUAGUAAAAUUUAGGUUGGUAGUUUAAGGUGGAGGCAACUUAAAGAACAUUUAUAUGACUAGCAUUUAUUUAAAUGUUAACAACGUCUCACUUCAUUCACAGUGAUGUCAUCAAUCUUUCACAUUGAGAUUGAUGAGAUAAUAUACUUUGUUUUUAUGUUUUAUUUUGAUUAUAUGUUGAUAGAAAUAUCUAACCAUCAAUGAGGCUUAGUCAAUUGUCAAUUGACUUUCUGCAAGUGAUUGUCUGAAUCUGAAUUGAACUUUUUUUAUAUUAUUUAAUUUGUAGAGUUUGCGGUAUUUAUAGUUGUUAACAUUUGAAAGCGACCACAUUGUCAUUAAAAAAAAACACUGUACCAUGUAGUGUAGAUGUUGAUAUUGUGAUAUUUUAAGAUAAAUUUAUUGUAGAUUAAUUUUAAGAAUUUGAAAGACCCAUUGAAGUAAAAAUUGUUCUAGUAGCUAAAAUAGCAGCUUACAUAUUAUUAUUCAUCUUGAGUCAUUUUUGUUUAAUCUGUGAUGUGUUUUUGUGCAAAGGAAUUGUUUUUUUUUCUUGUGUUCUCACUGUGUUAUUGUACUGUGUAAUGGUAUUUUCUGAAUAAAGUUAUUUUGAAUAAGAAUUAUUUUUAAUUUCCGCUGAUCUUUAGUGUGAUGCUACAACUAAUACAAUUUCCACCCAGUUCUGUUAAAUUUAAAAUUGGCCCAAACAUUAGUAAUGAAAAUUGUUGAAAAAUUAAAAUUUUUUCCAGCCUAGCUAUGUUAAGUGUAAGUGGAGACAAAAUUUAAAUGAAACAAUAGAAAAGUGCCAUUCCUAGGGGUUGUUUAAAUUGUAACCCCCUUUAAGCCGAACCAAGUAACAAUGUGGCACAAGCUAAUUAAUGUUUUUCCAAAAUAUAAAAUGGAAAGGAAUAAGGAAAGUAAUAAAGUUACACAAAUAAAUUCCUGAAUCCAAAUUCCUACACUGUACUUACCAAAACAAACACAUCAUGCCAAAUGUCAACACAUGGUCUUCUACAAGGUGGUUUCCUCCCCAGACAGACAAUCCAAUCAAAGUUGAAAAAAAACAGGACAAACAAAAAAAAUUAGUUACUAUAAAUCUGGUGCCCACUUACGAACGAUACGAUUUUAUGGAUGAGUUGGCCAAAUUUAAUGGGACGAAUUUUAAAGUUUCACUGCUGUAGGCAUAUGUCACUAGUCCAAUUUCACGAAUGAAAAUCAAAGUAUAUUUUAGGUUUAUUUAUUAUAAACAGAUUCUCGUAUAUUAAAAAUGUUAAAGUAUUUUAAGUUAAUAUUUACACGAACAAAAUCUCUUACUUGAUCAAGAGAGAUCACUCUUAACUUUCUCACAAUGUCGCACCAGGUCUUUUAAUUUAUAUACUAAAUCCUGUAACUGUUGACUGCCACACGUAAAACUAAUAUCGUUUCCGCUUUCCGUUUUUAAUAUUACUGAGUAUAACAAGUUAUCUGAACCAACUCCGGGUGUAUUCGUAACAACCUCCAGUUUCCACUCGACGUCAACUAUUUUGGGAAGCACGCCGAUAUCAGGAGCCUUGUGUUCUUCCAUAUUGAUGAUUUAUUUAUGAGUAAAUUAAAUAAUUGCUUUUUAACUUCAUUUGAUCAAUUUAGAAAUCUUAGUCUUCUCGUGUAUGUCUUGUGUAGUUCGCGAACUAGGCUUGUUGAAAAUAUAUC